AUGAUUGGCUUCGUUGAUACGAUGCUUGCCUUUGUCAUUGGUCGAUUAAAUUUCAUACGCCUUGGCUUCAAUUUGAGCAAGCCCUUUGACGCAUCACAGGAAGCGAAUGCAAGCUGCUUUAUGGUAUCGUCAGCCACCUCUUUGACGCUGAUUUCCCCACGAGGAGACUUGCAGCAUGGCUACAUGCUCAUCACUGUCGUCGAUAUCAUGUGCCAUGUCGCCACCAAAAAGACCUUGAUCGCUUUUAUCAAAGCACAAUGUGCUGCCUUGAUUUGCAAUAACUCAACGAGAAGGUUACAGCUUCUGGAGUAUUGGCGCUAA